CCUGUAGAGAGGGACCGCAUCAUCGCCAAUUUCGUCGCUACAAAAGUCGGGAAAAAAGCUUGGGGGUGGUGCAAGGACCAGACCGCGACGUGCCCAACCCGAUCGAAAGUCGCUUUUUAUCCAGCCGCUCCGAUUCAGACCGCUUUCAGCCCUUUGGGUCGCGUCCAUUUUCCGUGGGAUCAAUCAUCCUUUUUGCUGAGACAACAUUCCUGUGCCCCGCCGACCGGCCAUAUCCGUAUCUCGACAAUUACCGUUUUCGGUCCGCGUAUCCUGGAUCCAGUCGGACAAACGAAGCCACCUCCCGUCAAGGCUCGCAGGGCCUUUGAUCUGUUUUGUUCGCUCCCGCAUAUCUGUCUGUCUUUCACUGCAACAUAAAAAGACAGACACGAUGGCGGAUGACACUCCGCUCACAUCCCGCGCCAUCUCUCAGGCCGGUAGCCCCAAGGAGGACGCAGAGACCAAAGCGACGAGGGAAGAGCUCAAACAGACUGCAAUUUCCGAAAAACCAGCUGCGGCGGAACAGGAAGGACAAAUGGCCAAGGCACCGAAGCUGAGCGCCGUCGACACGACCAAGCCCACCGACGACACAUUGAAGGAGCAAGUUUCGUCACCAAAGAAGAAGAGGGCGCACGACCAGUUGGACGAGAACCACGAGCCCAGCUCUUCCGAAUCGGCAGGUAGCCUUUCUCCCAAGGACGGCGCCAACAGGACCGACAGGCUGGAGCCGGAGAAGAAGAGAGCGCGUGAUGAGCUGGCCGAGGCAGAGGCUGAAGAUGAAGCUGGGACUGCCACAACCGAAUCUAACAAGAAGACCGCGGAAUCUACCGACACCAAUAAGCCCAAAGACCCCCCAUUAUCUGCCAGCUUACAAAAGCCUACCAGCGGGAAGGACGACGCUGCACCGAGUACUACCUCAGCGGCCGCCUUUGCAAAGUCGGGUUUCGCAAAGCUGAGUGGUGCUGCAUCUCCCUUUGGUACUUUAGGGGCUACGGGCGGUGCAUCUCCAUUUGGUGCAUUAGGAUCCUCAGGAAAACCCGUAUCGGGGUUUGGAUCCCUGUCCUCUUCAGCGUCGCCCUCGCCAUUCGGAGCUCUAGGGGCAAGUUCCGGUACCAUUCCAGCACCACCCAAGUUGACCUUUGGUCCCCCAAGCGACGGCUCUGGCUCGGCUUCUCCGUUUGCUUCACUCAAUGGUGGCGCAUCCAAACCGUUUGGAAGCGCCUUUGGCAGUGGAUUCGGCGGUGGCUUGGGUGCGUCUAAGCUGACGAGCUUUGCAAAGCCUGGUGGAGUGCUCAAGGAUGAUAAGCCAGCUCGGCCUUUUGGUGCGCCGGAAAGUGACAAUGAAGCAUCCCAGGAUGGGGAAAGUGAUACGGAGACUGGCGACGACGGCGUCGCUCCGGAAGAGUCCGAGUCUGAGGAGAAGGCCAAGGACGAAGAAGGCGAAGCAGACCAGACCAAGCCUGCAAGCGCAGAAGAAGUCGUCGUGGAUGAUGGAGAGGCCGGCGAGGCUACCAUCUUUUUGGCUAGGGCCAAAGUUUAUCACCUAGACAAAGAGUCAGGAGCUUGGAAAGAGCGGGGCGCUGGUAUCCUCAAGGUCAAUGUGCCAGAGGCAACCAUAGACUUUGACCAAAGCGGUGCUGCGCUGACGGCUUCUUUCGAUGCCUCAAUGCUCGACUCUGGUGACAGCGAUAGCAAGACGCCCAAGGUGGUACGCCUGAUUAUGCGUCAGGAUCACACCCUUCGGGUGGUCAUCAACACGGCAGUGUUGGCCGGAACUGAGUUUGUAAGGAGGGAAAUGAUGAAAGCUGUUGGCUUUCUGUUCACGGCCUUGGAGGGACCAGAUGCUCAUCCGGUCACAUUACAAAUCAAGGUAUGUGUUAUGAUUAGUUAUAUUCACGCCAAGGAGGCAUUUUCUCACGUUUUUUUUUUACUCUAG